AUGUUUAUUAAACACAGCAAUUUAUCAAACGGAACAGUUUCAACAACAAUAACAACUUCUACUAAUCAAUCAAUUCUAUCACCAUACGAAAAAUUACCUGAAAAUAUUCUUUCUGAAAAUGAUGAAGAAGAUUCAUUUGUACUAAACUAUAUAAAUCCUUCACUAAAUUCUCAAAAUCUUGUUCAAGAAAUAAAUUCAUUAUCAGAAAAAUUAACAAAUAGCUCAAGUAGACAAAUUCGUCCAGGUGAUCGUGUUAAAACUAAGAAUAAAAAAAAAAUUACUGAUCAUCAAAAAAUAUCAUCUUCACAUGAAUCAAAUUCAUAUCGUCGAUCAAUUGAAACAAUUCAAGAAUAUCGAAAUAAAACUAAACCAAUACAAUUAAUUAGUAAUAGACAAAUUUCACAAACAAAAUUUGAUCAACAACAAACAAAUAUUCUUAAAAAUAGACUUCGUUAG